AUGACCGCCUCCCCAGAGAAAACGGAAUUUGUCGUCGUUCUCUCCGGCCCGCAGCGAGAAGCUGAGAAGACCAGAAACCUCUACACUUUGAACCUGGCCGGGAAGCCCAUCAAGCGGAGCUCGACGGUUCGUGUAUUGGGUCUCUUUAUCGACCAAGACGGCAAAGCCGGCACGUGGACGGCCCGCGUGAAGAAGGAAGAUGGUUACAACUACCAUCACGUUACUACAAAACAACAGGAGGAGCUGGAAAAGUUAAACCGCGAAGCGAUACGAAUCGUAACGGGCCUUCCAAAGUACACCUGGACUGCGGACCUCUAUGCCCACGGCGGGCUGAACAGGCUGGCCGACGUGGCCGAGCAACUCUUGUCUGCACUGAGAACUCGGCUACUGAGCACACGUGCUGGGCAGAGGAUUCUCGCAGAGCUGGGAGACCUCCCGCAACCGGCACCGCCGAUCCCCCCGGUGCAAGAGCCGCCAUGGGAACGACAAAUCAAUCUCACAGACGAUGCACCGCUCCCAAGUCCCAUGGGCCCCGAUCAUCCCGAGAGGAAAUCCUGUUUCGCGGCAGCGCACGAGAAGCUUGUCAAAAACAGAGGUGGAAAGAAACACAUCUGCAUCUACACCGACGGGGCCGCAGAACAGCCGUCACCGGAAGAACCCGGAAGCCCUCUCCGAACAUCAAUAGCCUGGGUUGACACCACCACCCUUGAAGUGGAUGCGUGCGCGCUGCCCCCGGUUGUGGGCGUGAAGGGGGCCGAACUUGAAGCCAUUCUACGAGCAGCGAUACACGCAGAGGAACGUCACUCCGUCGGAACAAAGGUGACUGACAUUACUAUCUACACGGACUCCAGGGAGGCAUAUUCGGAGUGCUGUAACGCAAUCAAGAGUCAGAGCGAACGGGUGCGAAAUAUUCAAGACGUCGCGAAACGCCUACUGCAUGACAGGAACGUCACACUACGAGUCGACUGGGUCCCGGCGCACGCGGGUAUCCGGGCGAACGAAUGGGCUCACAGCGAGGCACGAGCAGCACUGCGCAGAUCAACCGUGUCGGACGCAACCAACAACACAAAAGAGCCCAGACACGCCCCAGCGCCGAGUGAAACUGGCCCGCCGGACGACUUACCUGACUCCGCGGAAUUAGCGGCAGUUGCCAAGAAGGAACGUAAAGCCAUCCUCCUCCGACUGAAACAAGACGCCGCCGCCGAGAACCGUCAGAACCGAGAGAUCCCACCGAUGCCUCCAGACCUGAACCGCAGGGCACAGGUCACCAUAAGGCGGAUUAUAACCAACACCGCCCUCACGCCGGCCCUCAGGCACAAGACGUUCGGCGAUGAUCCCAACAAAGGCAAGUGCCGAGCCUGCGCUAUGCCGGCGACCACCUCGCACCUGGUCUGGGAGUGCCCAACCUAUGGCGCAGCCCGGGAACGCAUUCUGUCGGAGUUACCGGCAGAACACCGACCCACCAGCUACAUCGACUGGAUUCUACCCCAGGACACGUCGCUCGGGACUGUUCAACUCCUGUGGAAGCAUCUCUGCCUCUUCGUCCACGCAGACGGAGGGCCUGAAGCCCUGCUUCUACACGGCCCGCCAAGGAAAGAAAUCCCCCGUGUCUUUCCCCCGCCGCUGCUGAUGCCGUAG